GACGUGCGGCAACGAGACAGGCGGGCGGCGACGGCGGGGGCCGACCCCAAGGAGCCGGUACCAACAUUCUGCAAUUUUACACGGACGAUUCGCCGGGUCUACAAGUAGGCCCUACGACCGUACUGGUGGCCUCAUUGAGCUUUGUCGGAGUCGUUGUUUUGCUGCAUAUUGUUGGAAAGUUCCGUUCGUAGAGAAGGACUGCGCCAAAUGUUGCCGUUGGUUUUAAUCAAGUGGAAUGGCUACCUGGUUGAAGUGGGCUGUGCCUAUUCUUGGGGUAGUCGAACUAACUGUAAGAUCUCGUUGGGAAU